AUGCUUCAGUCUCAGCUAGAGAUGGGAUGCGUGUGUGUGCUGCAGUCGAGGAUGGGAUUCCCAUGGGGUCUCGACUUUGGUAACCAAAACUGUGUGAUUGCGAUUGCAAGGAAGGGAGGCAUCGAUGUCAUCGACAACGAGGCAAGCUCCAGAAAGACUCCUUGCAUGGUUGGCCUUGGAGGAAAGGAACGAAGCUUGGGCCAGGCAGCAGUUGCCAAGAUCAAUUCCAACAUCAAGAACACUGCCUCGGAGCUGAAGCGAUUGAUCGGGAGGCGCUGGGUAGAUGCUGACUUGCAGGCGGACAUUGCCAAGUUCCCCUUCAAGGUCUCUGAGGGCAACGACGGCUCGAUUCUUGUCCACCUCCAGUACGAGAAGGACGGAGGAGAGUGCGAGAUGAAGGCGUACACCCCCGAGCAGCUGCUCGCCAUGCUCUUCGUCAACCUCAUGCACACGGCUGAGGGUCACAACAAGGGCCCUUCCCCCGACUGCGUGAUCUCAGUGCCAUGCUGGUUCACUGAUGCUGAGCGAAGAGCUGUCCUGGACGCAGCCACCAUCGCUGGGUUGAAUGUCCUUCGCCUCAUGAACGAGACUGCUGCAGCUGCUCUCUGCUGGGGUCUGCCCAAGUCUCUGGAGCUGCCUGACGACUCCGCGCCUCCCAAGAACGUCCUCUUCUUCGACAUGGGCCACAGCUCCACCCAGGCCUGCAUCGUCGCCUUCACCAAGAGCAAGAUGACUGUGCUGGCGUCCGCCUUCGACCGCAACCUUGGCGGCCGUGACUUCGAUUGGGCUGUGCUGGAGCAUUUCGCAGCUGAGUGGAAGGCCUCCAAGAAAUUGAACCUGCUGGACUCUCCCAAGGCAGUCCUGAGAAUGAUGGCAGCGAUCGACAAAGUCAAGCAGCAGCUCAGUGGUUACGCUGCGUACGGGAAGCUGCCGAUCAACGUCGAGUGCCUGCAGGAAGACCACGACUUCUCGAGCAUGUUGGAUACCGACAUCUUCGCUUCUCUCGUGAAAGGUCUGGUCGAGAAAUCUCUCGAAUCGAUCAAGAAGGUCAUCUCCGACUCCAAGCUCACCUUCGAUCAGAUUGACAGCGUUGAGGUCGUGGGUUCCGCCACUCGCUCGCCGCUCAUCGUCAACGCCAUCAAAGACUUCAUCGGCAAAGAGCCCCAGAGGACGAUGAACUCAGAGGAGGCUGUUUCUAAGGGCUGCGCAUUGAUGGGCGCCAUGAUCUCCCCCAACUUUCGCGUCCGUGAGUUUCAGGUGUUGGACAGCACUCCGUACGCGAUCUCCUUGAGCUGGACGAGCUCGACCGGAGGAGAUCAGGCGAUGGAGGUUGAAGGAGGCGGCUCUGCGAAGGGCAACGUUGUCUUCUCGGAACACAACGUCCUCCCGUCUUCUAAGAUGCUCACUUUCAUGAGAUCCAACGCCUUCGACAUUUCAGCUUCGUAUGCGGACCAAUCUGCCUUGACGCGAGGAUCCUCCCCGAUCAUUGGCAACUUCUCCAUCACCAACAUCCCAGCAGCUGCCGAUGGAGGGCCAUCAAAGGUCAAGGUCAAGGUCAGGCUCGACAUGAAUGGAGUGCUUGCGGUGGAGUCAGCGCAGGCGGUGGAAGAGGUUGACGCGGAGGAGGAAGAGAAGCCUGCGCAAGCUGCUGCCGACACUCCUAUGCCUGACGCGAAACCAGCGGAGGCUCCCAGUGACGACACUCCGGCUUCUGAGCCAAGCGGCCAGAACAUCGCUGAGCAGGAGAAGCCGGCAGCUCCUGCCGAAUCUGAGCCAAAGAAGAAGAAGCUGAGGAAGCAUAACCUCCCUGUGGUCAACAAAGCAGCGUUCCAGCUGUCAAGAGAGCUCAUCGACCAGUUCAAGAACGAAGAGUUCGAGAUGGCAACUCAGGAUCGUCUGAUCAAGGCUCUCCACGAGGCUAAGAACGACCUCGAAGCUUACAUCUACCAGAUGCGCGACCGAGUGUCGGGAGGCAAUUUGAGUGAAUUCAUGAGCGAGGCGGACAAGCAGGCCUUCCUGCCUCUCCUCGAGUCGAUGGAGAACUGGCUGUACGAUGAGGAGGCUGAGGCCGCGAACAAGUCAACCUUCGUUGCGAAACUUGACGAGCUGAAGAAGUUCGGAGACCCAGCAGAUCUUCGCUACCGUGAGGACGACGAGCGCGGCCUCGCCUUCUCUGAGCUCAAGAAGGUCAUCGACGAGUACGCAAACCUCGCUGCCACUCAGGACCCAGCAUACGAGCACAUCAGCGUCGACGACCGUUCCAAGGUUAAGUCGACGGUCGACGAAGCUGCGGCUUGGAUGGAAAGCAUGCAGGCCCAGCAGGCAGUGAAGCCCAAGACGGAGCAGCCGGUGGUGCUAUGCAGGGACAUCAACGCCAAGAGGGAGAUGAUCGUCAGCACUUGCAAGCCCAUCAUGAACAAGCCCAAGCCCGCCCCGCCCAAGCCCAAGGUGAGCCCAGCAGCUGCCGUCCAUGCGAGUGACGGGAAGCAGGCGGAGGAGAAGAAGGAGGAGACGAGUGACUCGCCCAAGCCUGAGGCUGCCGGUUCAGAAACCCCCAAGGACGAGCAGCCGGCGGAGGCGAAGGAGCCGCAAGGAGAGUCGAUGGACACAGGGUUGGACUAGGGGCUGAGGAGCCGUGUGACAGUAACAUCGACGAGACGCGAGUCAAGAGCUUGUUUCUGAUAUCUCCAUUAAAGCGCAUGGGGUAACCCUACCCAACGCUGCUCCACCUCAAUCCUCUAGGAGGUCCUGACACUGACACUGACACUGACACUGACACUGACACUGACACUGACACUGACACUGACACUGACACUGACACUGACACUGACACUGACACUGACACUGACACUGACACUGACACUGACACUGACACUGACACUGACACUGACACUGACACUGACACUGACACUGACACUGACACUGACACUGACACUCCUUCACGCAUGGAAGUACUGCUCGAGCUCAAGGUCCUGGUUCGCUCGGUUCACGAAGUAGUCCUUGUGCCACUGGGUGAUGGCGAGGUAGAGAUUGUUCGAUUGGGCUCGCACCUGUUCCUCCAACUUCCUUGCCUCCAAGAGCUUCAUCUCACUCUCAUGCAGCAUCUGCCUGACAGUCUCUUCCUUCUCUCUACGAUCCUUCUCCUUCUGCUUCAUCGUGUUGAGCUCAGCUUGCAUCUUCCCGGCUUUCUCUUCUGCCAUCGCUCGAGCCCUCUCAGUGUCGGUCUUGGCAUCGCGCAACGC